GAACGUGAGCUGACUAGGGUGGCUUUUAGUGGGUGGCUCACAGGGCUGUGAGAAGUUGAGAACCUCACUGUAUUGGGGUCUUGGCAAUCUUGGCAAGAGGGAGACGACGAACACUUUUGGCCCCAACCUCCGUAUUGCCCAUCUGACUACAGCUUGGUCCGGUACUAGUACUAAGUCGUCCCUACCUUAUUUAUUAACUAAGUGACUAAAGUCACCGUUUUUUUCUUGUAUGCGAACGAGAAGCGAUGCUCAAUCGACGACGUUGCAGGAACCGGCGACUGCUUGGAGCUGUAAAUGUAGGCUCUGCCGUUAUCUGUCGUCGCGAGUCUCACGACCGGGACAAGGGGCCAAUCUGUGGGUCCCAAACCGCCCCUUCAGAAGCGGCAUCACACCUACGUUGAGUUCGGCAUCGAGGAGCACUCAAGGUCCAUGCAUUCAGGAUGGACCACGUGCAAACUGCUUCUUGAGGCUACAGGUAGCAUGCUCCUUGCUGCCCCUGGAGAAACCAUCUCGUCCAUCUCAAUCAACCCUUUCUCUCCUGAUCGGCCGUUCUCUAUCUUCGUGGAGAUUAAGAAUAGCAGAGCAUGUGGUUUUCACAUCGAGUUCUAUACACCUCAAGGAUCCCCAAAACCUUUUCCAUACAUAGACUACGCUCAGGCGAUAUCCCCGACUGCAGGUGGUGAAGAGUGUCUCAAGUGGGUGGGUGACUCAAUUGCGCAUUGCGAGACCAACCACCCCUGCUGCCAACUCCCUAAACAAACAUUGCUGCCGACGCGGGUCAUCGACGUUGGGUCCGAGACCCAACUCCCCAGACUCUAUAUAUCUCAUGGCGAAUCUGGCAGGUUUGCCGCCCUCAGCCACUGCUGGGGAAAAAGGAAGCCCCUUACGCCAACCAGGGAGUCACUGGCGAAACUACAGCAAGCCAUCCCAACCGAAGACCUCCCGCCGCUAUUUCAUGACGCCGUCAUCCUGGCACGGCGCCUGCAGAUUCCGUACCUUUGGGUGGACUCGCUCUGCAUUAUGCAGGACGAUUACGAGGACUGGGAGCGCGAGGCCGUGAGAAUGGCCAGCGUCUACUCGAAUGCUUGGGUCGUUUUUGCAGCACACACAGCCAAAGACAGCUCCGAGAGCCUGCUCUCUGCGCCCCGCUUGCCAGGCACGCGGAGCGUGGCGAUGGAAUGCGUGGGCCUGGAGGGUGUGCAUGGCACCAUCCACGUGAGGUAUGCCGGACUCGGCGGCUGCGAUUCGUUUGACAGGACCGGAGGUCACAAUCGUUGGCGGCAUGAGGAACGCUUGCCUCUGGAUUUCAAAUUCUUUGAGCCUAGCUUGCUCGCGAAUCGAGGAUGGGUGUUCCAAGAGCGGAUCCUGGCGAAAAGGACGAUCCAUUUUACACACUGGGAGGCCGUGUGGGAGUGCGGCACCGAAAUCCGAUGCGAGUGCCAAAGGCUGACAGCUAGGUUGGAAGCACUUGACUCCGAUAUCCACCUCCAGUGGCUACAGCUGGUGGUGCGAUUCACAGGGCUCGAACUCACUUUUGACAAUGACCGGUUGCCUGCCAUGGCUGGGCUUGCCACCUCGAUGCAGCGGCUCACGUCUGCGACGUACCUGCAAGGCCUGUGGAGCGACGACCUCCCAAGAGGCUUGCUGUGGGCCAGCGACAGUCGCAGGAGCCGCAGGUGUGUCAACGUUCCGUCGUGGUCAUGGGGUUCUGUUACCGGCCGCAUCCAGGCUGUCCUCUACCCGACAGGUGAUUUUCUGAUUGAAGUCAUCGACUUUGGCCUCGAUACCCUUAUUGCAAGCCCCUCUUACCUAGCCAACGAGGCGGGAAUCCGGCUUAGGGGCCAAAUUAUUGAUGGACGCUUUGCCGUUAUCGCACCCUCAAGUUACACCGAACGGGUAGUCGGGACAAAUCUAUCUACGUUCUCCUACCAUGAUAAAUCCACAGGCGUCCGGUGGCUCAUUGAGGGCAGGCUGCAGCUUGACAUAGAACAGGUCUGGAACAACUGGAUCAAGUCUUUCAUCUUUCGCGCAGCCGAAGCUCUCCUCGUCUUGGCAAUCUGGAAGCUAUUCUCGUUGCUCGCCGCCGUGCAGAACCGUUUCACCUCGUUUGCCGUCUUCUCUGAGAGCCUGAUCCAGAAAGCAUAUUUUGUCUGGUGCCGCGGAAUAUCCAGAGAUGCGCUUCUUGUUGGGUUCUUCACCGCCACGUACGCCGUGUCGCAACUGUACGGGACCCUGUUAUGGGCCAUUGACGCUCCCGGUUACGUGGUGCAAACACAGCGGGUCCGGGCAUCGUCAAUCUCGUCUGCAUUGCUCGACGACCCGGAGUACAUCGUGUCGUACAAAAUCACACCGGGCAGCCUUAAUGCAAGCGGCUUAGAGCUGGCCGAGGCUUUGAGCGCCAAUUUGUUCCGGUCCGGCACCAAUGUCACUCUUACCGGACGAAUUAACCAGGGAACGCCGCAGUCCGUGACUUACUCAGGACCGCGAACCGACCCGAGGAUAUGGCUAGAUGAUGAAGGCUGGUCAGUCGGCACGAACACACAGUCCCAUGUAGCCCUCAGGCUGGGCGGGUCAAACGUGUCUGACCAAUUUACUUGCGCAUAUGGCGACAUCGAGCCCGACAAAUUUAGAUUCUACAACUGCACCUUCGACAACGAGUGGGCGUUGGACAUGCUUCAAGUACCUGUUGGCACACCUAUGGUGCACUACAAUAGGGAGGCGAGCGUGAGCGGCAAGGUUGGGAUGAUCAAUCCUCGAAGGAGUGACAUUUGGUCCUCGCUGGGAUCUGCAUCCGGAACUGCCGUCCGCGUUCACAUGUUCACCGUUACCAAGGGCCACCAUAGGCACACAUUCGUUUCCACCGCGUUCAAGGCCUCUAUCGUCAUUCUUGGCGACGCUUGGAUUCCCGAAGACGAGAUCAGAGACCUCAAUACAAGACUCACGAAGCCAUACAUGAAACCCGAGGAACAAGAACUUUACGAUCAAGGACUCUCCGUGAUCAUGAAGACAAUCAAUGCCGCGCAAUCAAGCAAUCAGAGCGCGGUGAUUGGGACGGUCAUAAAAGAAGGGCACCAGAUACUUGAGGGCUUCUGGGAGUUAUUCACGGCGGAAGGCAUCCCUGGGAAUGUCAUGCUGAGAGUAUUCCGUUUGACGAGCGUCAAUAUUACCCACUUGAGAUCAGAAACCAUCGACAAGUCGCCAGUGCCAUUUGAACCUUGCGACAACCCGGGUCUUCAGAACGUGGCGGUGGGCGGAAAGGUAGACGAGACAGACUGCGUCGGGGACGCCGCAUUUGAAUCGACUAAGAAUAUCACGGGGUACCUUGGCCAGGUCGAUAGCAGUGCCGUCCUUCACAUUACCGGCCUCGGCCAUGCUCCUUAUUCUUCCAGUGCCAAAGCAGCAGAUCCCGGACUGUACCCGUGGAUGGUACAGAACCUGGAUAAUCUCACAAGCUUACUCUUGUCCCGGGGUUAUGUCCUUGGGCUGGAUCCAGGGCUGGUCACGGUGGAGCUCACAAGCACAACUCCGGGGGUUUCCUACCUCCAAGUCUUGAUGAUACUGUUUGCGGCGUUCCUGGCGCUCGUUGGAUGGGGCAGUUUGUGGUUCUUUGCAUCUGGAAAUUGGUCGUCGUCGAUCCUGGUAAAUCUCCUGAGUACGACUCAUGCAGUAUCUUCUGGGAACAAGGACAGGGAUGAGCUCGGGAUAGUCUACGAGAUUCCUGAUAUCAGACUCGAGAAGAGCCAUGGAGCCGUGGAGCUGAGGACAGACACUGGAGUUUUCAGGCAUGAAGCUGCUGAACUGGCAAGCCAGGCAAAAUCCCCACUGGAUCUUUCUCUCCUGGGAAACGAUAGGCCAAUAUUAGUCUAGCUGCUAGAAGUACAGACCCUUGGAGAUGUAGGAGUAGCUGAGGAUAACAAACACCGAAGAAUUCUCG